GUUUCUUGUAUUUUACCACACCUACUAAUAAAUCUUGUCACUAACUCUUCAUUUUGAAAGAUUUAGGUUUCUAUCCACGAAUGUUUGAAGUCGUCAUUCGCAAUACACUUCGUGCUUUGAAGGUUUCUUUCGGUUUCAUUAGUUGUCAUAGUUUUAAAACCUCCGAGGGAUAUUUAAAAUGAGUUCACUUUGCAACUGUACACAAAUUCCUUCAGAGUAUAUGGACUAUGUUGAAAAACAUUCAAUAUUUGAGCUCAUGCAAAGGUUACUUAAACUUCUAAUAAUCAAUCGUCCCGGAGAUCCUAUAUCAUAUCUAAUUAGGUACCUGGAAAAAGAUGUCGGAGAUGUACUUUCCAUUUUCAUUUUCGGUCCAAAGUCUUCAGGCAAGAGAUUGCUGGGUUCCAUGUUGCAAGUGAAACUGCAAUGCACAAUGAUUCAUGGGGACGACAUAUACAGUUUAUGUCCGGAAGGGAAAAAUGCUUCAGUCCAAAAACUAAUUGCUGCUUUGAAGAAACGACUUAACGAAUCUGACUGUGAAUCAAGAGGUUAUAUUAUUGUCGACUUCCCAAGAUGUGAAAAAGAAGCUAAAGCACUUAUAAAUGAAGGAAUAUUUCCUGAUUAUGCAAUAUUUCUGGAUGCACCCUUGCUUACAUUAAUUGAAAGAGCAUCAGGAGAAAGGAUGGAUCCCGAUAAUGGAGAUUUAUAUAAUCUAUUACAUAACCCCCCAGCUGAUUUAGCAGUUGAAAGGCGCUUGGUAAAACUUACAGAAAAUGAUGAAGAACUAAUUAAAAAACUUUACAGCGAAUACAACAGACAAAUGGUUCUACUGAAGAGAAUUUAUUCUAGUGUUGCUUAUGAAUUUAAUGCAGAUCAACCAAUCAAUGACUUAUAUCAUUCCGUUUUGGCAAAAGUAAACCAAUCUCGUCGCAGCGUUGCUCUGCAAACUCCUAAGGUCGUUUUAUUAGGCUAUCCUGGAGCUGGAAAACAUACACAAGCACAUUUGCUAGCUAAAAAGUAUGGACUAAUUCCAGUGGACUGUGGGCAGCUUAUACUUCGUGAAGUAGCUAAUCGUUCUUCAGUUGGGAACAUAAUGAAAACUUAUGUUCAAAAAAAUAUUCCAGUUCCAGAUGCCAUAGUCUCAGAAGUUGUGAGAAACAGACUGAAUAAAAUUGAUUGCAUCACAUAUGGUUGGAUACUUGUCGGAUAUCCUCGUACACGUCAACAAGCAGAGCUACUGUCAUCGCAUAAAGUAUACCCGACCCGAGUUAUUCUAAUGGAUAUACAUCAAUCUUGUGCAUCUGAACGACUUUCUGGACGUAGAAUUGAUCCAAUCACAGGUAUAUGUUUUCAUACAGCAUUCGAAUCUAUGGAAGAUGUAUGCAUUAGUCAGCGUGCUUUGCAGCGUCUAAAUGAUGAAGAAGAUGCUAUAAGCCCAAAGCUAUCAAGAUUUACAGCUAACAGAGAUGACAUUAUCGUAUACUAUGAUUCAUGUGUGGUUAAAGUGCAUGCAGACAGAGAUAUUCACACUGUUUUUGAAGAAAUUGAGACUGCUAUUGUAAAUCCAUUACCACGUUUUAAUUUUGUUAAAUAAUUUAAUAUUAUAUAUGUAUUUGUGCAGAGAGAAGUUAAAUACAUGAUUUCUUAUAAAAAAUUCUGUUUUUUCUAUAUGAUGUACUCAGAAAAUAGUUUGGAAAAAGUUUAAUUUUUCUAAAAACAAUUUAUAUGUCUAUAUUAAAAUCAACAUUACAGGAUCAAAUAGAAAUUUACAUUAGGAAACCUGACCCAAAUCUACUGAAAUAUACACGAAAACAUCAUUUGUAUGAGAUUUUUGAGGCACUUUUAAGUGGUUUAAGCGUCAUGUUACCAGAAAAUCCUCGUAAAUGGAUUGCAGAAAAACUUCAACUUCUUUACGAUAUUGGUUUUAUGAGUUUAAACUGGGAUACAUUUAUUGAUCCGGAUAUGAAACCUUCUCAUCCAUAUGUCGAUCAUGAAUUAAUGCAUUCCCUAUUUGGUACAUCAAAACUAGAAUUUCUGUUACCAGAAGAAUUACAAUAUCAACCUACACCUGAAAUGUUAGCAAAAGCCUAUGCUGCUCAUAAACAAUCAAUAUUAAAAAAGUGUUUCAGCGCCUGGAAAUUACAUUUUAUAAUUAAAAAAGCACGAGUGAAUCAUAUGUACAAAAUAAACUUUAUUGCAAAAAUAAGUAUGAAAUUUAGAUUGCAAAAGAUUAUAUUUCGAGGAUGGCAAGAAUAUACACAGUUUGUGAAAAGUAAACAAAAAAUGGCACAAUCAUUAAUAACACAAAUUAAAGACUUCACAGUGACAAUGUUAUAUUUUAAAGCCUGGCGGAGGAAUGUUGCAGAAGCUCGGAAAACAAGGGAUUAUUUUUCAAAAAUGCAAGAAAAGUCAGAUGAUUCAGAGUCUGAAAAUCAACUACUUACUUUAGGUGGUAAAAUAAGCGAUGUUGAAAAUUAUCGUGACCGAUUUUCUGAAUUACCUGACACCAUACAAUAUAAAAUAUUUGGCUACUUAACACCCAUAGAUUUAGCUCGAGCUGCUUGUGUAUCUCAUUAUUGGUGGUCUGUAGUUAGUGAAAUGGAUAAGAAAAAUACUUUGGAUUUAUCGUGCUUUGGUAAAAGGUUAACAGAAGAACUUUUAUUUAGGCUUACAAGAAGACGUCGAAUGUAUCUGCGUCAUAUCAACUUACGUAAUAGUAGUCUGUGUACUUUAAAUUCGUUUCGUUGUUUAACUAGUUGCGCUAACUUACAGGACAUCAAUUUAUCCAAAUGCACUGGUAUCACAGAUGAUGCAGUUCGUAUAAUAACUGUUGAAUGUAGUUUACUUCUUUACUUGAAUUUAUCAUAUACUCAAAUUACUGAUGAUUCAGUUCGUCACAUAGCGAUCAAUACAAAAAUGUUACAAUAUUUGAGUUUGGCCUAUUGUACACGAUUAAAACAAAUUUGCUCAACUUAUUUCAAUCAAUUAGAAAGUUUCAAGUCAUUAAUUUAUUUGGAUUUAUCUGGAUGUAUUUACAUUGAGUCGGCUGGUUUACAAACAAUUAUUAAAAGUGUGACACAAGUGGAACAUUGGAUACUGAACGAUCUUCCAUGGAUUUCAGAUACUGAUCUUAAUGUUCUUGGAUCCAACUGUUCAGUAAUACACACGUUAGAAAUAGUCAAUAAUCAAAACGUAAUUAUAUCCGGUUUAAAUUAUCUUUCAAAAACUUGUCUUUUCCAUGAAAAAUCAACUCCAGUCGAUGGUGCUGUACAAAUAAACAAUAAGCAAAAUAGACCAAUCACAUCUAUUGGUUUAAUUCAUAAACAUGCUGAUUCAACUCUAAAUAAUUCAAAUUCAACUAUUAGUUGUUUAAUUACGGAUUGUGGUCUACAAUCAGUAUGUGGGAAAAAUUUAAAUAGACUCCUUGUUUCAAAUAUGAGUUCAAUAGAUGGAUCUGGAUUGAAUAAUAUUGUACCAAAUGAUAAUGUAUCAAGAAGACAUUCUAAAAGUAAAGCUCAUCGUUUAUCGAAACUGAAUUCUGGAUUCCUUGAAAAUGGUAGUUUAAAUUUACUAGAAAUUUCAUUCGUUGAUUGUCCAAAGAUGAAUGAUAUCCUGCUUCAACAUUUAAUACCUUUGCCGCAUUUAACUGUUUUAAAGUUAAGUGGAUGUGAAAGUCUUACAGAUCAAGGUAUAAAAUUAUUAACUGAUGGGGCAUACGCGGAUAAUUUAAAAGAACUGUACUUAGCAAGAUGUGACAAAUUAACUGAUAAGGCGAUUCAUAUAAUGAGUGCACGACUACUUAAUUUAGCUUACUUGAGUUUGGCAUCAUGCCCCUUGAUUUCUGAUGGAGCCUUCGAACUCCUAGGUCAGCUACAAAAGUUAUGGCAGAUAAAUUUAAAUUCUACUAAACUUGGUGAUCGAGGUUUGUCGGCUCUUGGAUCACUGCCUAAAUUACAUGAACUGAAAGUGUCUAAAUGUACCGCCAUCACUGAUUUAGGAUUGCAAAAGUUUGCACAUCUUGGUAUAAACUUGGAAUUUAUUGAUUUAUCAUUUUGUCACAAUUUGACAAACAAUGGAAUUAAAACACUAGCAUUUUGUUGUCAUUUCCUUACCAGUAUUAAUUUAGCUGGGUGUAAGCUGCUGACAGAUAUGGCUGUACAAUAUAUUUCCGGAGUAUGUCAUUAUCUAAAGUUUCUUGAUUUGUCAGGUUGUGAAUUGAUCACGGAAACAUCUUUAAGUUUUUUACUGAAAGGUUGUAAAAAACUUGAACAUCUUCGACUAUUAUACUGCAAGUCAAUUAAAAAAUAUAAAUUAAUUCGAUUAACAACUGGAAAAAUUGAAAGAAUUGAACAUUCAAUGGAUGAGCCUCCAGCUGAAUUUAUUGGUUAUUUAAUAAAAGAAAACGCAUAGCAACAAUGAUUGUAUUCAAAGAAUAUUUAUUCAUUUAUUUAUUUUACGAAUACUUUUAUGAUAAACUGAUUUUUAAUGAGAUCAAUAUUUAUGCAAAUCUAUUUAUUUAUGUUUUAUCUAAAUUCUGAAUUUUGUAGAUUCCAUAUGUAAUUUCAAAAUGAAAUUUUAAGAAAAAACAUUUUCAGAUAUUUUGUUUUCCAAAUUUAUCAUUGAAUGUUUUCAACUUGAGAAUUUACUACAAAUAUACUAUUUCAACCAUUUGAUUCGAGUACUGACAGUGAAUGUGACAUGAAAUCGAUAAAGUUUAUUAAUGUGAACAAAGUAAAGAAUCCAACAGUUAGGAAGGAAGUGAUAGUCAUAUUAGAACAAUAACGGAAAGAUGGCAAUUUUCGAUGAAGCAUACAAGAUCCUCUUCUAAACUUUCAUUUGUCACAUUUCUGCAUUAGGUUGUCCAAGUUUUAAAGUUAUUAUUGCUGUCUAAUAUUCUGUAGUUAUAUCAUGUUGAACACUUCUCUAUCAAACUUGUUAUCUUCAAAAAUAUAUCACUUAAUAUGGCUGCAUCAUUCCCUUUACCUUUGAUAUAUUUUAUAACGAACUACGAUAUAUGGAUUUUCUUAACUUAAGAAAUAAAGCAGAUUUUUAGUUUCCCCUUUUUAAUAUCUACCCUUCAAUUUUAUUUGUUUUGGAAAACCGUUAAUUUGAAAUAUCAAAUUCGGUUAUUCAUUCUAAACAAAGGUACACUGGUACACAGAUGUGAAAAUAGAAAAUCAUGCAACAUCCAAAUGACUCAGCAGAUUUUAUUGUUCCGGAAAACUAGAAAUUAAUGCAGAACACAGAUUCGGAGAUAGAAAAUUACCAAUAUAUAAUUGCUUUGGUUUGCGGAAUGUUUUGAUAAUGUUUACCUG